CUUGCGUCCGACGGCCCGCCACGUGCAUCCAGCGUGCUAUUCGGAACGCCGCUGACCAGUACCAGGACAUGGCCACCCCCGCGCCGCGAUCAAAUCGACGAGGCGCGCGCCUCAGCUGGCUGCUAGGCGGGCCGUGGGCUCAUGUUUCGCUCCUCGCGGCCGAGGACUUGUACGAAUCGAACCAAAUCACGCGGCCGGCUUGCGGCGCUAUAGUAGUGACCGCAUCUAUACAUGCCAUUUUAUACUUUGUACAUACUAUACCUACCAAGUAUUAUACUGAGGGCAUGCCGGGCGCAUUGUACUCCUCUUCUGCGUCAUCGUUCGAGUCAGCCCUGUUGGGACGGAUCCCGAUGCUCCCGAGCCCCAGCCGAUGCUGAAGCGCCCGUGGGCCGCCGCCACCGCCGUCGCGACGCCGCUUCACGCUCGAGACGGUGACACCCCACGCCGGCCCUGAUCGGCUCCCCCGCUCCAGCAUCCAACGGUGGAGGGACGCUCAUCCCAUAAGCCCGCCGGUAAGCCAAACCCACCUUCGUCACCCCAUACCUACAGCGGCAGUAGGGCAGUGAAGAUUUGCCUUCCAUGGCGUUGGCGCUUCUUUGGUGGCUCCCCAGGGACGGGACGCUGGCUGGCUCCCUCGCUCGACCGCGCUGCGGACUAAACCCGGGAGACGGGCGCUGACGCCGUUCUCUACUGAAUCCCUGUUGGCUAGCUCGCCGCCGUUUUGCCUUUCGAGCCUGCCGUGUCCGUUGCUCCGGGAUCUGUGUCCCGACUUCCGCGAGAUCUGUUGGUCACCAUCCCGUCGCCGUCACCCUUGCCCUCGCGCUCAAGGCCCUCGCUUUUGGCGCACAAGCCCCAACAACGUCUCUAGACUCUUCGAGAUUGCCGACUCCAUCCCCGGCCGUUUCCGCUCUGUCCGUCUAGUUCUUGGGCCUUGGAGACUACUUGAACCGCGUCCGGUCGCGGAAAAGAGCAUCUUAUGGCCUUGAUCGGGGCAAGUCCCAAGUCAUAACGGCCUCGUGGAUGACAGAGCCGUUGGAGCCUCUCUUACCUUCCUUAACCUCCACUCCGGGGCUGUGUCUCCCAUUUGCGCGCUUGUGCCUGCCCCUCAUCGUCUCUUGGUCCCAUGUUGUGCGAGCUUUGCGGUCGUCAACGGUCCAUACACAUCAAACUCGCGCCGCCUAUCCGGACCAAGCCGUGGGCUCGCGGACCCUAGUGAGGCAUGGAGAUACAGUUUACCCUCCCCAUAUCUGGCAACAGGAAAAAUCGGACGGCAUCGCCCUUGACCCCUUCCUCGUCCUCCACGGUUUCUGCCAGGGGCACAAUCCAUCGUUUCGCGCUCGAAUCCAGGGCGAGGCACACCCGGCGCAGCUCAACGCGAGCACGCACCGGGUGCAGCACCUGCAAGUGAGUUGCUCGAUCCUGCGACAUGGCAGCCUCGUAUGGAUUGAUUAUGCUCUCAUCCAAGCUCAUGCCGGCAUGUGUGUCUGAGGAGGUCCCCACUGACAUGUCCCCAGGAAGCGCCACGUAAAGUGCGACGAGACGAGGCCGGCAUGCCUCAAUUGCUUAAGAUGGCGAGGUUACUGCGACUCGUACGGCCAAAAAUCAGGCGCGGCAGACUCUCGCGCCGGCUCGGACGUCCCCUCCACAAGCAGCAAACUAUCAGCCGCGAAGAAAGGCCCGGUCCUCCUGACGGAGCCCUUGGUGAACGUGAUUCGAUUCACCAGUAGUGAUGAGCGCGCAUAUUUUGAGGAGUGGUCGGUGCUCUCGGUCACGUUUCUGAGCGGAGGACUCGCGCAGACACGACUAUGGACCGCGACGAUGCCGCAGUUGACGCUCGAGGAGCCAACUCUCCGAUACGGCGCCAUGGCCGUUGGAGCGCUGCGCAAGGCCUAUGAGAUCGAAGACCCGUCCACGACGCUGACCAAAAGCAACACGCACUAUCUCAACGCCGUCAUCUACUAUUGCGAAGCCCUUCGGCUCCAGUCCAAGGCGCAGCCGACCAGGGAGGGCUUGAGGACGGCCCUCCUUUCCUCUCUGCUAUUCAUCUGCUUCGAGGCCCAGCGUGGGAACAUGGCGGCCGCUCUCAAACAUGUGACGCAUGGCUUCAGCAUGCUCAACGAGCUGGCAGCGUGCACCGACAAGGCCCCCAGUCUCGUCAGCAUAGCCCCAGCUCCGCCCGCACUGGUCCAGGAGAUCCUCGACUGUUACAAGCCACUCGAGCUGCAGUCCAGGUCCUUCAUGGGAUCGUACAGGAAAUUCUUCUUCCCCCCUCAGCUACCUACGCAGAGGCCAGGCGUUGGGGCCAUGCCACAGACGGCGCUGGCGGGCUCAAGCACCGGCCAUCCCGUGCAGACGCCUGCGAGCCAGCCAGGGACGCCCUGGAGCAAGGGCUCUAUGACUCCCACAUGCUCCCGAACCGGUCUCCCGAGCCCCCAGAGCCAGCCAAGCCCGGGCAGCCCGGACUCGUCCGGCUCGAGACAGUCCUCGUCAACCGGUCCGCCGGGUCGCCCCCCUGGCAUCCUUCCGUUCACAAAGCACUCACCAUACUUCCGACCAAAACUCAGCAGUAUCACUUGCUUGGAAGAGAUGCCAGCCCACUUCAAAGACAUGGAUGAGGUGCAGGGGUACUGGGGGCUUGUCCAGAGGAACAUGGUUCAGCAUAUCCCUAUGCUCACCUUGAUGACGACUCGGCUUGCACUCACAAAGGCCGUCAAUGAAGCGGAUCUGGAGGCGAGGCUGGCGAGCGUCAAGCAGAACACGCAAAUAACCGAUUUCGUUGCCGAGUCGAGGUACUGGCUGCAGCGAUGGGUCGAGGCCUUUGAGCCGCUAUUCCAAAGUUCGUGCCGAAAGUCAGUCAGCGAUCCCAAGGGAUACCUGCAAACCAUUAGCAUCCGCAUCGAGUAUCUCAUCCUGUAUAUCUACACAACAUUACCUCGUUUUUCGGGUCUCAUCACGGUCAAAGGGCUCACGACACAGUACAAGGAGAUCAACAAGUAUGCGGAGACGCUCCUCAUGGCAAGACCCAGCUGCGGGUUCGCCAUGGACACUGGAUGGACCUGGCCCUUGUUCGUAUCAGCCUUUGGUUGCAGAGACCCAGCGGUGAGAGCUGAUGCGAUCCGCAUUCUGGGGCAAUAUCCAAUACGGAAUGCGCUGCGCGACAGCCGCAUCUUCCGUGCGAUUGCGCUGAAGAAUGACGAGGUGGAGGCAAACAUCUUGCUGGAGGGCGACGAAAACGAACAGUGGCUGCGACUGAGGCGAAGGGAACUCGUCUUUGAGGACUUUGGAACCACCAUCAUAUACCGCUCGUCGCAGAAAAACCUAGAGACGGGCGAGUGGGAGCUCGUCGAGGAGCACGCCAGCUAUAACGUUGAUCCGGACGGCGCACUUGACUGGCAUAGAGUGCCCAUUUCGGAGUCGGCGUCGAUCCUCUCGGGUGUUUGCUAAGAGGGAGGGAGCAGAACGUGAAACAGAGGACGACUUGAUGAAUCUACAUUGGGUGGUAACAUGAUAAAGGGCGUUGAUGUACUAGAAACCGGGAUCUGCAUGGCUGGCCAUCGGGCCGUGAGCCUACACGGAAGCGGGCGUUGAUUUCAUCCUUGCUGGCAUUGUACCGCGCACGUUGGCAAGUGACACACGAAUGCGGUUCACAUAAAACACGAUGGGCCGGGUUCUGAAUCGUAACUGGUUGGUAAUUGCGAAACUCCGUAGGCAGUCUAUUACGGGCAUGCGUGCGCAGCACAGUAUACGGGGCAGAGGGAGUUAUUGAUGCCAAAAGUAUCGUCG